UAUCAUUUGUGCAAGUGAGCUGUGUCUCAGUGUCCAGCAAUGGAAAGUUUUCAAAAUGAAAUCCUUCCAGUGCAGUCUUGCCAACUCGUUGAAAAUUUGACAGCAGCUAUCAAAAACAAUAAUGUGGAUUGCUUCAAAAAGCAUUUUUCGAGGUCCUUAAAUCGGGAAAAAAAUGAAGCUGGUUUUACCUUACUUCAGGAAGCCAUACGACACAAUCGGAGAGAUAUAUUCGAUUAUUUAUUACAACUACAAGAUAAGGAUGAUCUGGAGAUUCGCAACACCUCCGGGGAAACAGCACUAAAAUACGCCAUUAAUCAUUUCCGUGAAGAAAAUGACCAUUUCUCGUUUGUAUUAUUCGAAAAAGGAGCUUCCUUAGAGGUGGACGACUGGUCCACUGCUUACCUGGAUCGAUUGGUUGACGCUCCUUCAAGAUUAACAAAACUUUUAUUAUUAGACAAAGGGAUUAAUGCAUACAUCAAGGAUCGAUACGGCGCUACUCCAUUACUGUACUCACUUCUUAAUCCUAGAAAACAGCACAACGAUGAAAUUAUAGCCACUUUUUUAUGUUGUGGGGCUGAUCUAUUCGAUAAAUUUGGAGACAACGCAUUUGAACUUGCUGUGGAAUAUAAACAAACUGAUUUUGUCCAAGAACUUUUGUUUUUGUACACGUUUGAUGUACAUUUACCUUGUGACAUCAUGUUUAAGACUUUGUUAAUACUUGCAAAGCAGAAAUCGCCGCUAUUCCACAAAAUUUUUGAACACGAUGUGGAAUUUUUUUUUGCGACCGAAAUGAAAAAGGCGGAUUUUGCUGAGCUCUUAUAUAUCCUACUUGACACUGAAGAUAAUUACUUUGAAUUAGUUCUGGAUAAAUGCAAUCCAAUGGUUUGCGAAAUUUUUGAAAAACUCGUCUUUUAUAAGUCUACGCCGUGGCCGCGAUCUUGUAUUGGUUAUUACAGAAAAUACUAUUAUGAACGGUUGUUUGGCACAAAUCUAACACUGAAAAAAAUACUUUUGCUUCUCGAAAGAAGUCAAACGAUAAGUCAAUGUGUUGAGGAAUUUAUUAGUAUUCUGGGAAAUCGCGAAAUUUUUUUUUAUAUAAGUAAAAUGAACAAUGAAUCUACAACAACAGAGUUAUUUAUUUACUUAAUAUUGCACGGUCUGAAAAUUAAUAGCACACUUUUUAAGAUUGUUUUUGAAAAAUAUGGUUACUGUGAGUUAUUCAGACUUCUUUUACAUGUGGGCACUGACGAUGAUGUCGAAGAGGACACCACAAGCUUACGACCCCCUAAUCGUGUUCCACUUACUCCUGUAUCUGAUUACUACGAAAAUACGUUAAUGUAUUUUAUUUGUGAUGUCGUUUCCAAUGUAGAUAUAAUUCCAGAAAAAUUUAAGUAUGCUGAUAAUAACGAUCUUUUAGAUUACUUUGCGUGCCCCAAUCUGCACAAACUAAUGUCGAUACUUCCACAAAGUAAAAAACUCCCUGAUGACAUCCUAGAAAGAAUCAAAAAUCAUCCCCGCGUGCCUCUUCUGGUUGAAAUAAGUAGGGAUGCUUUCAGGAAACACUUUAUUAAUAAAUUGAAUAUAAAAACUACAAAGCAAUUUUAUUCUCUUCUUAACGGGCUUCCUCUCAGUACCACUCAUAAAAAAAUUAUUACCUUCGAGACGAAACUGUAUCAUCCUUGAAAUAUAAACACUAAUUUCAAGAAUUUGCUUUCUUGUUAUUUAAUUGGUAAAUAUGAUACUAGAUUUGUGUCCCAGUGGCUAGAAUAACGAAACAAGAAAAUUUCAUUUUAAUUGUAUUUAGCUUUAGUUUUAGUUUAUAAUCAUUUGUAUUAUUAUAUGUAUUAUACUUAAGACCACAGACCUACACAAUUCUUAGAUAGAUAUCAAAUAAAGGGGUUUCUCCCGUUAAUAAAAGAAUGUUUUUUAUGUAAA